AUGGCGAACAAUUCGAAGAAAGAUAUGGACCGAAUCAAAGGUCCAUGGAGCCCCGAUGAAGAUGAGUUGCUUCAGCAACUUGUCGAGAAGCAUGGCCCGAGAAAUUGGUCGCUUAUCAGCAAAUCUAUUCCUGGUAGAUCAGGGAAAUCUUGUCGGCUGCGGUGGUGUAACCAGCUGUCUCCGCAGGUGGAACACCGUGCUUUUACUCCGGAGGAGGAUGAGACGAUCCUUCGGGCACAUGCCCGGUUUGGUAACAAAUGGGCUACGAUUGCCCGGCUUUUAUCCGGUCGAACCGAUAACGCCAUUAAAAACCACUGGAACUCGACUUUGAAACGGAAAUGUUCGUCUAUGACGAACGAAGAGUUUAAUGACUUCGCGAUUCAACAACCAUCGUUGAAACGCUCUGUCAGUGCCGGCUCGGCGGUUGCCGUUUCGGGUCUUUUCUUCAACCCGGGUAGCCCAACGGGAUCCGAUAUCAGCGAUUCAAGUCCGCCGGCGAUGUCGUUCCGCCCUGUUUCUCGGCCCUGCCCCAUCGUUCCACCGCAGAUCGAAAUUCCAACAUCGUCGUCCCCGCGUUCACCACCUCUACCGCCAGCGAACGACCCUCUAACGUCGUUGAGUCUUUCACUUCCCGGGGUCGAAACGAGCGAUACGCCAACGGCGAUCCCGAUGCAGCUAAUGCCGCCGUCUCCGACGGUUAUAGCCCCGCCUCCAUCCCCUGUUCCUAUAACCGCGACGCCGUUGCAGCAGGUUCCCGGAAAUCGUAAUCAAGAAAUAAACCUGAACAAUGAAGCUGAGUUUAUGUCGGCGAUUCCAUCUGCCAUAUCUUUGGCGAUGCAGCAGCUUCAGGUGUCCCGUCCUCCGGCACCGGAGAAGUCCUCUGUGCCGUUGAGUGAUGAGUUUUUGUCAGUGAUGCAGGAAAUGAUAAGGAAAGAGGUGAGGAAGUACAUGAGAGGUCUUGAGCAACCGGGAGGCGGAAUGUUCAAUGGCUUUAGGAGUGGAACUGUGGUGAACAGGACUGGUUAG